UUCCUUGAUUUCUGAGGUCACAUAAGUAUGCUCGAGUACAACUUCAACUGAAAGAAAAGAAUCAAUUUCGAAAAGCAAUUUUUAUAUCACUGAUGUAUAAAUAUAUAUCUUCUUGAAGAUAUGCCCUAUUUCAGAAUUUACAAUAUCUAGUGGCUAUGAGGCAGUUCUGAUAUAUUUAGCAAGUCCUCCCUCACGUGUAUGUGCAGAUUUGACACGGUAUGGAAGUUAUGGUUGGAUCAGAAACAUAUUCAGCUUUAGGAUUAUAUGAAUCUGGUGGGAGAAUUUCAGGAACUCCAAGGGUGUUACUUCUUCUUGCAUCUGUUCUUGAAAGGUCAACUCAAAAGAAUGACAGAUUGUUAGAAGGAUCAAGAAGGAAAGAUGUCGUUACAGUCUUUCAUGGAUCAAGAUCACCUUCCUUGAGUAUUAGACAAUACAUUGAACGUGUCUUUAAGUACACAAAGUGCAGCACGUCUUGCUUUGUUGUUGCUUACAUAUAUGUGGAGAGAUUUCUUCGUCGAAUGGAUGCAUGCCUCACUUCCCUCAAUGUACACCGUCUUCUGAUCACAAGCAUCAUGCUAGCUGCAAAAUUUCUGGAUGAUGAGUGUUACAACAAUGCUUACUAUGCAAAAGUCGGAGGAGUAAGCACACCAGAAAUGAAUAGAAUGGAGACGAAGUUGUUGUUCAAUUUGGACUUUAGACUUCAGGUAACAGUUGAAGCGUUUAGGAGUUAUUGUUUAAAACUAGAAAGGGAAUGUGGUGGAGAGUACAGGAUUGAAAGGCCGAUCCAUGUCCAUGGUCCUAAAGGAGUAGGCCGCCAAAACAGAAGUGACAUCCAAAAUGCAUCCACCUUUGCUAGUUUCAGCCAGAGCCAGAGGGCCACGUAAUAAAAGAACCAACUCUCUUGUUGUAACAAGCAUGCUAAUACAGUUGGAACGAAAAAUAGAAGGGCGAAAAUUGGCUGGACUGACCAUAGAAGAAAGAAACAGGCACAAUCUUUCAAUCUGUCUCGACAACCAUUUUUACUCCUUCAAACUGAUGGCUUUCCUCUUUCAAACUGGUGCAGCCAUCUUUUAGCAUUGUACAUGACCAAACCAACUAAAUGGAAUUUUACUUUCUUUUUC